AGUCACCUGCUGACUGCGUUCCUGUCGCCUCGUCAACCUCCCAUCGGUCGCCGACCCGACCCCGUUUCCAGUCCACCCCAUCCUCUCCGCGCCCUCCCCGCUCUCCGCCGGUCCACCUAGCCCCCUUCCGAGGGCGCCGGGGUCCCGCCGGCCGCCGGUGGCUCACGCCUCACUCAGACAUCUGCUGCUCGCGGGAUCACCAUGAUCGGUCGGGGGUGGCCGGUGGCCCUGCUCGUGGUCGCCGCCCUGCUCGGAGCGGCUGACGCGGUAUCGUAUAGGGCAGUGGGUAGAAGCCGCGCCCGCUGCCUCUCCGAGCAUACCUGCAAGGCGGUUUGUAAGUACGGUAACGCGUACCUGAAGGAAGAGUGCCGGAGGUGCCACCCCGAGCUCUGUCCAGAGCCUCGCACGCCGGCCGAGUCCCAGCCCCAGCCGCCUCCCCCGUCACCCAACUCGGCGGCACCCGGCUGCCUGGACCAGAACGGCGUCCUGAGAGAGCCCCAGGCCACCUGGGUGGACAAUCAGGACUACCCCUGCAUCAUCUACACAUGUCCCAAGGAGGGAGGAGACUACGAGAUCGACGACCUGACCAUCAACUGCCUACCGGAGCCUUCGGAUGAGCUCGGUACGUGUACACCCAGCAGAAACCUCGGCCAGUGCUGUUUCAACUACACGUGCCACAGCAGCAAUCCGACCUCCCAGUCGAGCUGUGUGGAUAGUAACGGCAUACUCCGCGAGCCGGACGAAGUGUGGAACGAUGAUGAUUUGAACACCUGUGUGACCUUUGUCUGCGCCAACGGCGUUGUCAAAGAGAUAUCGAACCUGACGAUCCUGUGUAGGCCUCUGCCGGGCCCGGGCUGUAUUCCGUACCGUGCACCCAAGGAGUGUUGCUACAGCUACAACUGCUCCAUCACCGUGAACCAGACGCUUUGUCGAGACACGGAGGGAAACUACCGGCGGGAUGGCGACACUUGGUACGACGAUGUCACCUAUCCCUGCAUCAAGUACGUCUGCCGCGGAGGGACCACAGAGAUCGAGUACGACCUCACCAGCACCUGUGAGGAAGAGAAACCCAACUGUGUCGCCUACCGCGCCGAGGGUGCCUGCUGCCACAACUACACGUGCUACUGCGAGUUUCAGGGCGGCCGACGGGAGCACGGGGAGGAGUUUUUCGACAGUGACGCCCACCCGUGUCGGCUGCUGCGCUGUGAUAACGGGGUUAUCUCGUCAGUGGCGUCCCUGGAUGACUGUCAGCCGCUCAACUGUUCGGAAACCAUCCGGCCGGUCGGCGAGUGCUGCAAACGCUGCGCCCUGUGCCUGCACGACGGCACCGAGUACCAGGAGGGUGAAUCGCUGUACGACGACCAGACGCGGCCGUGCCGUCGACUCCGCUGUGAGGGCGGCCAGGUAGUGUUUGAGGAGGACGAGUCGCGCUACUGUGAGCCGUCGCCCGACCCCAGCUGUACGCCCUGGCACAUGGAGGGACUCUGCUGUCCCAAGUGGGACUGCGAGGAACAACCCUGUAUGAUAGACGGUGUGAAGCACGACCACGGCACCACGUGGCCCGAGGACCCCCAGAAGCCGUGCAGACACCUGAUCUGCAACAACAGCCAGGUGCUAACGUUCUCGGAGGAACCGCCGUGCCCCGAGGCGCCCAGCGGCUACAACUGCGUGCGGCGAGACGUGCCCUACAAGUGCUGCCCCGAGUGGGACUGUGUUACCAUCGAAUGUCAGUACGGCACCGACCCGGUGCAGGUGUACUCGGAGGGGCAGCGCUGGGUGGAUGACCAGACUCACCCGUGCAAACACUUCACGUGCACAAAGGCCGGGGUGCUGAAGACCAAGGAUCUGACGGAGCGGUGUGAGAAACUGGAGCCGCCCGACUGUCCGACCGAGAGGGAGCUCGGACAAUGCUGCAAACGCUGCAUUCCCAGACCCCACCAGUGUGUGGACAGUAACGGCGGCCGUCACGACGUCAGCGAGACCUACUUCGACGACCCGGACACCGAGUGUGUGCUGGUGCGGUGUGUGACCAACGGCACCGAGACCGUGUACGACCGGCGCAACAACUGUCCGCGCGACCCGCGGCUCACCAACCCGCGCUGCAGCCAGGUGGCCACCGCCGACUGCUGUCCCGUCUACCACUGCCCGGCGUGCGAGUACCAGGGCCGCCAGUACCGGACUGGUGAGCGCUGGUGGGAUAGCGAGGAGCGCCAGUGCACACGCUACGUAUGUGGCUACGACGGCACCAACACCACCGUGUUCACCCGCCUGCCGUGCCGCCCCGUGCGGCCCGGCUGCGUGGCCAGCUACCGCGGCUACGAGUGCUGUCACUACAAGUACACGUGCAUGUUUGACCCGGAGGAUAAUCUAAUUCCCAUGCCGCAGACCGGCAGGAGUUUUGAUUUUAACUGAGGGAGAGUAGUAGUGUUCCAACGGAGUAGUGGGUGCCUUUGGUGGGCACUCUUUGUAGUCGAAACUGCAAGGCGAAGUUUGCGGCAUGGGAUAUUAUCAGUCCAGUUGAUAUUAGUUUGAAGACUAUUGAGAAGCAUGUUUGGAGAGAUGUAGGUAGUUUGGUUUGACGACUGGCAAAUUAUUCUAGCUAAACGAAGAAGCCUGGUGAAUCACAAAUGGUAGGGGAAGGUGGGGUAAGACGGACCAGCUAAGGUUUGAGGCUGCAUACCUUGCUACACUGCUCUCGUAAUUCAUAUUAUUUAUAGUCUUCGGAAUGCUCAAUCCUUCCUCUGUUGAUAUGUGUAAAGACUAAAUUUCAAAUUAAAGACAUCUAGGUGGUGGAUGCUCUUAAAGAGGGACAUGUCAAAAACUCAGACAAGAAAAAACGUGGGGUAAGGCGGACCACCCAGCAGUGCCUGCUAUCCGUUCAUGUGUGUUACACUUCUGCUCUGUACUCUUGUAAGAAAAAGUAACCAGAAUGGUAAAAUAACAAAAUGAGCCUUUAUUCUUUACUCAUGUGUGAUGGAAGUGCAGCUAAAAACUGGGAACAUGUGUGUUGAUUGUCGUUUGGCAUGAAUGCAUGCUAAUUGCUAACUGAGCACUUGCAUGCAUGGCUCACAUGCAACAAAGACUCCUUCCUGAAAAAAUAGCUUACUUAAACUUGUGUCAAUGUUUUGGAAAAGAACUUUCCAUAUGCAGGGUACAAUGGACCACCACAGGGUAAGAUGGACCACAGUGGUCCGUCUUGCCCCAAAUCUAAAUUCUGUCAUUAUCAUGACGUAUAUGUCAAAUAGCCCAACAUUGCAAAACCUUGCCUUUCCUUAAGUGUGACUAUAACUAAGUUUAUAACUUUGUUCUUCACAGUUAAGUGCAAAAUAGAAACUAAUCAUGCAAGAAAGGCGCCGUAAUUGAAUCACCCGUAGACCUCUUAUAUUAGAUCGGUUUGACGAAAAACAACAUUUUUCUCAAUAACUCAAAAGCUAUGCAUCCUAGCAGCAUGAGCUCAAGGUGGCCAUUGUUACGAAGGAAAACAAACAUAGUGAGUGCAUAAAGCAGUAGAUACCAGCAGCGGUUCAGCCGGGAGGGCUGGUGGUCCGUCUUGCCCCGCUGGGCCGUCUUACCCCACCUUCCUCUACAUAGGUAAUUCACUGGCAAAAUGUUUAGCAAUAUGGUGUUCUGACUUCUGAGGGCAUGAGCGACUAUCAUGCCGUUCUGCCUGUUUGUAUGUACUGUGGGAGGUUCCUGCUGGAUGAGAUAAAUAUAUAUAUUUAUAUCGACA